AUGGAGCUGGCCGACGGCACAACGGACAUUGUCCACCCAGAAGUUCGGGCACACAUCAGCAGCCUCAUCGCGGCGCUUGGAGGCGCCGGUUCGGAAGAUGAUGGCCGAUAUCACCUGGGAGACGACGCAUUGGAGGUUCUCCGCGAUAUCAAACGAUGGAUUCGCUUCUACGAUGAAAAGACGAACCGCAUGGAUGUUGCCCGCUGCAUCCACGAAGCGAACCUGAUCGAGGGAGACUUGCUUCCGAUCCUGGCAACAUGGCCAGAAAAUGCCACCGACAGCAAGUACAAGUCUCGAAUCGCGCUGGCGUGCUUUGAGGUCAUGGUCCCAUUGACGUGGCCGAUGGAGAGGGACAAGGAGCGGAUGACAAUCAACCACCAUCGGCAUAUGCCUGUGCUGGAGCUUGCACAAGUUCAAUACAAGAUGGCCAUUAUCAAUUUUGAUGAAGCCCGGAUCUUGCAUGCUGCUGUCAGGACUGCUCUGCCGUCGCUGGCGCUCCCUGCGGGCGAUAGAACAGCACGAGAUCAAGGCAUCAUCAAAUUGGUGCUCUUCUUCCUUCGCAACAUGGCCAUGAUUGCGCCUCCUCCCAAUGUUCAAUACGAGGGCGAUGAGACGCAAAUUUCUCGGUCGGCCACCAUCGACGCCUUUUCAUACCAAGACAUAUUCUUAUUCCUACUCACCUUGGCUUCAAACAUGGGCGAUGAUUUCAGGACGGAGGACACGGCUGUCAUGGAGAUUAUCUACCACCUCAUCAAAAGAGUUGAUAUAGAGAAGCUCUACAUGACAGAUCAGCAAGUACACAAGGCCAAGGCGCAUGAGCUUACGUCCCUAAUGAAUAAGGAGUCGGCGAUGCUCAAAGCUUACACCCGCAAUGGCCCGACCCGACACAACCGCUUCGGUACGAUGAUCUGGGUCAAGCGUGAAGAUGGCAAGAUGUCGUCGCUUUCUGGGCAAGAUGCUCUCGCCGAUACCACAGCGCGCAACUUGAAGAUGGACAAGAACAAAGUAUUCAAGCCUCCUCGCAGGACAAGGAAAGAGAAUAAGGAUGAGAGGGACCUAGGACCGCCGGCGAAGCUUAACGCGCGAGCAACCGGACAGCUCCGCUCAUUUGUCGAAGAAUUUCUCGAUUCGGGCUUCAAUCCCCUAUUCUUACAUGUUCGCAAAACGAUCGACCGAGAGGCUUCGCAUGUCAUGCAAUACCACAGGAGGCAGUUUUUUUACCUCGUGGCAUGGUUUCUAGAGGCUGAACGGACACGGCAGAAAAUGAAAAGGGACUCUCGAAGGAGUAAUGACGAUGUAUCCAGCUUCAGCCUCGUUGCCGGAGUUUUAAACCAGGAAAUGUUUAUCACUCUCAAUAAGGCAAUGAACGAGGCAUACGAGUACAAGGACUGGCAUGAAUUGGCAGCUGUAAUGAGGUGCUUUACGCAGAUUCUGCUCACUGUGCAAGAAAUGAUUGAGAGCGGCAGAGAAGACGAUGAGGAAAUUGCAGAGAAUGUUCUGAGCCGCUUGUUUUAUGAAGAGUCGACGCAUGAUAUCAUCGCCAACAUAGUCAGGACGUAUAAGGAUCAAGGAUUUUACUACUUGGAUGCUGCUACGGAGCUGGUCCAUCAUUUUCUGCGUAUUUUAGAAGCAUACUCCAAGCAGAAUGCGGACAUGCAGGUUCGCUCCCGCAAACGAACACGGCAAAAGAAGAACAAAGAUCAGCAGCAGCAGGGUACAGAAGACGGUGUCUUAGCCGAAGAGAAUGAUGACUCGGCUAAUGACGACGAAACUGCGGAGCGCACCUCCAAGGAGCGCAAGUUUGACUUUCAACGCUUCGCGGCUCGCUUCACACCGCAGGGUGUUGUGGAUACGUUUGUCAAGUUUACGCGAUUCUACCAGGAUAUGGACGAUUCACAGCUGAAACGCGUUCAUCGAUUCUUCUACCGGCUUGCUUUCAAACAGGAGAUGAGUGUGAUGCUUUUCCGCGUGGACAUAAUACACCUAUUAUACAACAUGAUCAAAGGUCCCGAGCCUUUGGAUAAGGGUUCAGGCAUGUUUAAGGACUGGGAGGAGCUCGUGAAGCAGAUCCUUCGUAAAUGCUUUAAAAAACUCGAACAGAGACCAGAACUCCUAAUCGAGAUGCUCUUUAGCAAGCUGCAGAGCACUGCUUUCUUCUUAGAAUACGGAUAUGAGAAGCAGACUGCCUCUAAGAAACAGGCGAAGCCGGGAGGCGAACUCAUCUUCAAAUAUACAGAAGAGCGAGAUCGUCAGAUUGCCAUUGUAGUCGGCGCACUGCUCGACAAGAACGAGGGGGAUCAUAUCAACUGGGUGAAGAGUAUUCUCACUGCGGCAGAGAGUGAACGUCGGUCGUGGGCUGCGGCAGAAGAAGUUUUGGCGUCAACUGAAACUCCGUUGGAAGAGCCAACAGAUGCUAAUGCUCCAAAGGAGCCAAGCAAGCCUCCUCCAUUCAAUGUACGUGUUGAUAACGACGCGAGACGCGCCGCGAGAUUCAAGAACUCGUACUUACGACUUCUGUUGAGUCUUUGCGGAAUUCAGUUGCUUGGCCCCGCAAAUGAAGAAACGCCAGAGUCUCUCUGGAUAGUCCCAGGAGAUGUCACUUCCGACGAGCUCAAAGACACAUUACAUUAUAUCAACCAGGCAGAAUUCAGCCCUCCAACAUUCGACGACGGACAGCUGGCAGAGAAUCAGCUAAAGAGAAAACUACCACCCCGCAAGAAGGCUGAUUUUGACGACGACGAAGACGAAGACGUGGAUGGUGAAUUUCUGUUCGAGCCUGGCGGUCCAACAGCGAGAAAAGCUGUUGACGAAUCAGAAAGACCUAAAAAGACGAAGAAGAGGAGACGGAGGAAUAGCCAGGUCCUGGAGCUGGACGAUGAGGAGCUUGAAGAAAAGGCCCGUAAGCGACGCGAGCGAGAGCGCGAAAAGGCACGCAAAAUCAAAUCCGCCGUGUACGUCAGGGAGGGAGAUGACGACUUCGACGAAGAGGAAGACGAAGCGUUCUUUGCUCGCGAACGGGAGAUUGCUGCUCGCGCCGCCAAAGCUGCGCAGUCAGCCGUGGAACCUGCCGUUGCGAAGAAGCCUAUCAAGCGCAAAUCCGCAGUACAGGUUGACAGCGAUGAUGAAGGUGAAGGUGAAGAUGAUGAUGACUUACUGCUAGGAGGCCUGAUUGACGACGAUGAAGAGGCGGAGGGCAAUACCAGUGGGGAUAAUACCCCCGCUGAGGAGAGCGAUGGCAGUGGCAGUGGCAGUGGCAGAAAGAGGAGAAAAGUUAGCGUGGAAGAGGAUGAUGUUGACGCAGAGGGCGACGAUGAUGUUGACAUGGAAGAUGCUUCACAAGCGCAGCAGUCGGGAGCGAAGGUUGCGGAAGAGGGCGACGAUGCUCCCGUUGUGGUGACCCGGAGGCCGAGGGUACGGGGUGGUUUUGUCAUAGACAGCGAUGAUGACGAAUAAAAGGGGGGAGGGGGGGUUGGUUUCUUUUCCUUUCCUUUUUUUUUUAUUUUUUAUUUUUUAUUUUUUUUAUACUUUAUAUGUAAAAGAAGCAUUGCGAGGGAUUUACUUGGGAGGAAUUGGAUGACGGUUACGUAUUUAUAAGAAAAUUGCAUAUAUAUUGAUGGGUAUUAUAACCCGCAGAGAUGUCGUACCAAGUACUCUGUUAUGUAAGUCUCUACUUCACCAUGCUCUCCAAAUUCAUGUAAUAAAUCCACGCGAUAGAUGGACGUCACCUAGGGUAUCAUGUGCUUUUUUUCUUCUUUCCCCUCUUCCUCUUUUGACAAUGAGCUAACCAAUCAUGUAAUGGUUACGCCGUGUCUGACACUAUGCUCCCUCUACGUAAUCGGCCCGCCCUCUUAUCAAUGCUUCUCCUCCUAGUCAUGGUAUUCUGCGUGUUCUGGACUUGGCCGAGCUCCGCCAGGUCCUCUUGGCUUUUAUAGCAAGCGGCUGCAUCAUCGUCGCUGGCAUCGUUGGUUCGGCGCGAAGAGGACGAUGACCUGCUCUGUAUGGGGGUGUCUUCAUCGCUGCUCUGGAUUUCAUUUCGGCCACCGCCCCAAGAUCCGCCGAUGCCUUCCAUCGUAAAGUCUGAAGCGGUCGGCUCGUCGAGGGCCAUCAGCUCGUCUGGGUGGAAGAUGCUGGGCAAGAGGAGAGCGCGCAGGGGAAUGAGGAGUAGGAUUAUGAUGGGGAAGCCCACGGCGGCGAUGGUUUGUGUGAUGGCGAAAGUGGCGCCGAAGCCAACCAGCUCGAUGAUUACGAAAAUCCAUAUGGCGAUGCGGCGUUUGAUGAGCUUGAGAGGGGAAUUUGCCGGCGUCAGGUUCUUGUCACGGGCCAGGAAGAGUAAUUUGACUGUGAUGCCGUUUGCCUGAAGGGCUUGGACGCCCAUGAUGAAGAAGAGUCCCGCCAAGACUCCGUGAGGGACAAGAUGAAGGACCACGAGAAGAGGACCGGUCAUGGUGCCAAGGGUAAGAAGCCCCUGAGCCAGGUUUGAUACCCGCUGCUCGACAACG